AUGUCACCUCAACAGGUCAUACCGACGCUAAUUCCAGAAUGGGCACCGCUAUCCCAACAGUCAUACAAGAGAGAAGAUGAUUUAGAGAGCCUUUCGACCCCCACAAGUCAGACAUCUUCCCUUGAUUCUUCAUUUUCUCAAUUGAAACCAACUUAUAGUUCAAUUGUCGGCGACAAUAUUGACAUAAUCGUAGAUAAAAUUAGACCAUUUGUGAGAAAAAUAACUGCUAGUGAACAAGGUAAAAAGACUAUAAAUCAGUACACAUUAGGAGCUUCAGCGGGAAGUGGACAAUUUGGUUACGUACGAAAAGCAUACAGUUCUACUUUGGAUGAAGUGGUCGCUGUUAAAAUCAUACCGAAGAAGCCUUGGAAUGCUCAGCAAUAUUCAGUGAAUCAAGUGAUGAGACAAAUACAACUUUGGAAAAGCAGGGGAAGAAUAACCGCAAAUAUUAGUGGAAAUGAGGCGAUGAGACUCAUGAACAUCGACAAGUGUAGGUGGGAGAUUUAUGCGGCUUCGAAGCUUCGGGAUAAUGCUCAUAUAAUACAAUUGAUAGAAUGCCUGGAUUCUCCCUUCAGUGAAUCGAUCUGGAUCGUCAGCAAGUGGUGUAACCUUGGCCAACUUCAGUGGAGGCGCGAUAAUGAUGAAGAUAUUUUGCCGCAAUGGAAAAGGGUCGUGACCUCUAACUGUAGUAUCUCUAAAUUUACCGGAAAAAUUUUGGAGGAUAUAACAAAAGGGUUGCAGUAUCUAUAUUCCGAAGGCUGUAUCCAUCGGGAUAUCAAACCGUCUAACAUUCUACUAGAUGAAAAUGAAAAAGUUGCGAAGCUUUCUGACUUUGGAAGCUGUGUUUUCAUUCCUCAAUCAUUACCUUUUAACGAUUCUAAUCUUGAAGACUGUUUUAAGAGGGAAUUGAACAAGAUUGUUGGCACUCCCGCAUUUAUUGCACCUGAGUUGUGCCAUUUGGGCAAUUCCAAGAGAGAUUUUGUGACUGAUGGAUUCAAGUUAGAUAUUUGGUCAUUGGGGGUAACGUUGUACUGUUUAUUAUACAACGAGCUCCCUUUUUCCGGAGACAAUGAGUUUGAAACUUACCACAAGAUAAUGGAAGUGUCGUUAGAUUACAAAUUAACCGGUGAUAAUCUAAACGAUUUAGUCAUCAAAAGGCUUUUAAGAAAAGAUGUUAGUUUACGCAUAGAUAUUAAUGAUUUAGCGAAAACCCUACUGUACGGUGAAUACUCCGAAAAUUGCGAUCGGCCUUUACUUUUCAACGCAAAGCCAAUGACAAAUGAAGGGCCCGUAAAAAGAUUUUUUGAUAGAUUACUAACUAGGAAAGGCAAGAAAAAAGCCUCAGGAAAGUUGAAAGAUAAGACGUUCGAAGCUACGAAUAGCAAAGUAACACCCUCGACCCAUAUUGACACCUAUCAAGAUAGAGAAGCUUUUUCCACUACAGUUCUUAGAUCUUCGCCUGACUCAAGUGACUAUUGCUCAUCGUUAGAGGAGGAACCGGUUCAUGUUACAAACUUUUUGGACACUUUUUGCGGGUCAAAUGAAAGCUUGAAUAGUUCGAAAGUGGACAAUGACAGACGAAAUACGGAGACGAAGUCGGGGAAAAGCGACUCAUCUACUUCGCCAUUGAAGAUUCCAACCCCCAUCAAGGACAUGAUAAGGCUGAAGAGCUCUCCCAAAGAGACUGGAAAAAAUCAUUAUACUGGUCGCUCGCCGGACAGCGUGACUUCCCCUUUGAAAGGGAGCACUAAGGAAAAUUGCACGGUCGGUAACAGGCGGUCUAAGAAAUUGGCACACUCAGGUAAUAUUCUAAAUUUCAAAGCAUACAUAAAUCCUGUUGAUAGCGACACUCGAGAAACAGUGGAAGAUGUAAGGACAUACCUAAACUUUGCAGAUAGUGGACAGGUGUAG